AUGAAGUUUGAAGAUAUCCUGAUGCAGAGGAGAAGGGAGCAUCAGAAGAGGCGAGAUCUCGAGGAGGAGGUGGAGGAGUUGCAAGAGAUACUUCAGGCGGAGAGAAACCUGAAUCGGGCGCUAGAGUGCGCGAUGCGCGGGCCAGCGGUUUGCCGUUCUUGCCUGUCUUCAUUCCUUCCUCUUAAGGUGCAGGUACUUCUAGCAGAAAUAGCAAUGGUCGAAGAAGAAAUAAUUUGCCUGGAGAGAAAGGUGAAAGACUUGAAACUACAUUUGUAUCAAGAGAGAGAACAGAAAGAAUGGGAUUUACAUGAACAGCGGGAGCCCAAACAGAUGGAAUUCCUAUGCAGUCCUGAAGAUGAAAGAUAUGCUCUUGAAUUGGUGACUGAAACAAGCAGCACAUCCUGCAGAAAGCCAAAGGAUAAGGAAGCUGUGUAUUCACGAAGCUGCAAUGAACCAAAUCAAAGCUGGGGCCUUUCAGAUGAAGAAACCAGUACCGAAUCACCGAACAAACUGUCAGAACAACUCAUCAAAACUCUGAUCAUCAUUUUUCAUAAACUUCACAAGUCAUCCAUGCAACCGGAAUGCAAAGAAGAUACUGUUCCUAAACUUAACAUUUCUUGCAUGAGCUCCAGGAGUGUUAUCUCCAGGUCUUCAUACAACUGCAAGUCAACCGUGUCCUCUUCGAACACUCUACAGAUAUCAGAUCCUUAUGAUGUUUUGCUAGAAGGUGAAAGAACAGCACGAGAUAUUGGAGCAUACAAGAAGUUCAUCCAUUUCACAAAGAGUUCAUUGGACAUGACUCGUAUAAGAUUAUGCGGUCCAGCAAUUAGGAAACUGAGGAUCUUGAUGCAUGAACUUUGUACUGCUGAACUAAGCUUUUUGACGCACAAACAAAAGCUAGCAUUUUGGAUCAACACCUAUAAUGCUUGUAUAAUGCAUGGAUUUCUACAGCACGGCCUGCCAUCCUCACCAGACGAACUGCUCGAACUACUGAACAAGGCGGCAAUCAACGUAGGAGGGAUAGUCCUUAAUGCUUUGGCUAUUGAGCAUUUCAUCGUGAGGCAUUCUUCUGAUACCACAAAUGGAACAAUUGAAGAGAAAGAAAGACUUUUGCGGCGUGUCUACGGCCUUGAAUACCCUGAACCAAACGUGACAUUUGCACUUUGCCGAGGCACCUGGUCUUCACCCGCGCUGCGGGUUUACACUGCAGAGAACGUUGUGAAUGAGCUUGAGAGAGCGAAAGUGGAAUAUUUGGAAGCGUCAAUCGGCAUAACAAGCAAGAAGAAGAUCGUCAUACCCAAACUUCUACACUGGCACAUGCGAGAUUUUGCAGAUGACAUCGAGUCACUGCUGGAGUGGGCCUACAGUCAACUACCAAAGGCUGGACAGUUAAAGAGAUUGAUUAUGGAAUGCCUGAGCCGCGACACAAAGGUCCCACUUACAAAAAUGGUGGAAAUACAGCCUCAUGAGGAUGAGUUCCGUUAUCUGUUUCCUUUCUAGAAUUACCUUUCACGUACUGUUGGUAGACUGGAAAUGUUUGAAUGUAACGAUAUCAUAAACUUAUAAUGUGAAGUAACAGGUUCCAGAGAAAACAAUAAUCACUACUUAAAAGUUCUUGUCCGAAGUAGAAAACAUGUGGCUGCAUAUCACCAAUGUGAAGUUAUGGAACAUCAAAUUGGUGUCCCCUUUGAGAGUCUCUGUGGUAUGAAUACAGUAUACAAGGCUCCACCAGCGGUAUCAUUGAUCAAGAACGAGCAGAUAUGUGAUCAAAACCAAAGAAAAGUCAGAAACAAUGUGGCACUUGCUAAAGCCAGGGCUAACAAUUAUUUAUGCUAAAGCACGUUUAAGUACAAUAUACGUAGGAUGCGUACGUGCACUGAGAUUAAUCAUCCCAACCGAAGUUCAAAAAAAUGUUUGAGGCCUCUACUGGCACUUGCUAAUGCAGUACUAUAUCUCCCUUUGAGUUAACAAGCUAGUGUUCCUACUAGUAGCUCGUAUCCGACUAACAGUAAAAGAUAUCGUGAGAUUGAAAUAAGCGCUUGCAUGCACGCAUGCGCAUGCACACCACAUGGUGGCAUGUUUGGAGGGGGGGGGGGG